GCCGCCGCAUUGAACGCCGUCACCCAGCUAGAUUAGCUCCCCGGCGGCUAAUCCUCUCAAACGACCGGUUAACGUCCGUUUAUGACCAGUGACUGACGCUGCGCUACUCGUCGUUGUGUCCUGGCUCAGAGUCAAACAAACCAGGCGAUGCUAGCUUGCUAUCUUAUCGUGACCAUCUAGGAGUGGUUAGCGUCUUGCGUGAACCUUGGAGACGUGAGGUGUAGCUAACCUCUGCAGCUGUAUAUAUGGUGUUCUGCACAAGGAUGUGUAAUCGUGGGGUGCUUUCGUCACUGAUGCCAGGUGCAGGCUGUAGCUGAGAGCUCUCAGGAUGAGUGGGGCUGGAGAGCACACAGACAUCCUGUCAGUGGCAGACGUGGUCAGAGACAGAUGGAAAGUGGCGAGGAAGAUAGGUGGAGGCGGGUUUGGGGAGAUCUAUGAGGUUUUGGAUCAGUUGAGCCAGGCCACUGUCGCCCUAAAGGUGGAGUCUGCUCAACAACCCAAACAGGUGCUGAAGAUGGAGGUGGCAGUGCUGAAGAAGCUUCAGGGUAAAGACCACGUGUGUCGCUUCGUAGGAUGUGGCAGGAAUGAUCGAUUCAACUAUGUGGUGAUGGAGCUCCAGGGGAGGAAUCUGGCAGAUUUGCGCAGGACCAUGACCCGAGCCACCUUCUCCGUCUCCACAACUUUGAGACUUGGCAAGCAGAUUUUAGAGGCAAUAGAAAGCAUUCACUCUGUAGGCUUCCUGCACCGUGACAUUAAGCCUUCCAACUUUGCGAUGGGACGACUAGCCAGUACGUGCAGAUGCUGCUAUAUGCUUGAUUUUGGCCUGGCCCGUCAGUUUACCAACUCCAGUCAGGAAGUCCGUCCACCUCGUCCUGUGGCAGGCUUCAGAGGAACUGUGCGAUAUGCUUCAAUCAAUGCUCAUAAAAAUAAGGAAAUGGGCCGUCACGACGACUUGUGGUCCCUCUUCUACAUGUUGGUUGAAUUCAUGGUUGGUCAGCUGCCUUGGAGGAAAAUUAAAGAUAAAGAACAAGUCGGAAAUCUAAAAGAGACGUAUGACCAUCGACUCAUGCUCAAGCACCUUCCCUCUGAGUUUAGUACCUUCCUGGAUCAUAUCCUGACUUUGGACUACUUCACUAAGCCUGACUAUGAGCUCCUGAUGUCAGUGUUUGAGAAUGCUAUGAAGAGCCACAACGUGCUGGAGAAUGACCCGUACGACUGGGAGAAAUGUGAUUCCGUGGACAUGCUGACCAUCACUGCCGCAACAACCACUGCUCAGCAGCUCACUCGCCUCACACCAGCGUACUUGGGCAUGGCCAAUGCUUCAGUGCUGCCAGGCGAGCUGCAGAGGGAGAACACUGAAGAUGUCCUGCAAGGGGAGCGCCUCAGUGAUGCUGACAACUGCCCGCCCAUCCCCACGCCGACCACCCCUGGUGCAGAUGUAUGGGAGGAGAUGGACCGCAACCGAAAUCAUAAACAAGCCCAGGCGAUGAUCAGGAAGGUGGUGAGUGAGGAUGAAAACAGUCAGAACCAGGGGAACCAGAGCCCCAACACCGGCUCCAUGCAGAGCUCUCCUCGACGGGUGCGAUCAGAGACCAUGUUCUUGGAGCGGGCUGCACCGCUGCUCCGCAGGAUGAGGCACAGUCAAAGCUUGGCAUUUGAAAAGAGGCUUGCACCCGAACCCAAGCCCACCAUCGAACGCUUCCUUGAGGCCUACUUAGGCAAACAGCGUCCUGUCCUUUCUCAAGUCGGGGAGAAAUCUAUUCCUGAGAGGGGACAUGGGCAGCACACGCCUUCCUGCAACGAGGAACACUCAGGCAUGGCAACACCAGAUCAAGAAGAGGGUGCAGCCAGCAGCGGCUUUGUGGCCGUAAACCUCAGUCCUGUGCCUCAGGAGGGAGACUCUCAGGAGUGGGUGAUGCUGGAGCUUGAGCAAGGCAGCGGCUCUGGGGCCACCAAGCCUGCAGGUGAAGCUCUGCACGAGGACGAACCUGGAAUGCAGCCACCUGCUGAGACUGAAAACCAGUCCUCUGAGCCACAGGAUGGUCAGUCCACAGCAGUGCCGAGCAGUCCUGUCCUGUCGCAGAUGUCCAUGCCUGGAACAUGGUUACUGGGCCACAGGAGGCUGCCCGGGAUGCUCGGACAGAUGCCCUCAGUCAUGAUGGGAAGACCCCAGAUGGACCAGUCCUCUAGCUGUGCGCCACAGUCGCCAGUACAGGAGAGGAGUGAUGCAAUACCCCUCGAGGCACCAUCAGGUGAAUCUGAUAAAGUCUCAGAAGAAAUCUUGAAGGACGGAGGGAAGUUGGAGUUAGCUCCAGUGCCAAGCCCAGCCAAAGGUCCCACUUCUCAUCUGACAAACGACAGAGACCCAGAGAGUGAUUCCGGUCUGCCCGAUCGCUCCUCCGAGCCGAACCAGCAGCCUCUAGCUGACGCAGUGGGAGGCGCUAUGGAGAGCACCGUCACCGUCUCCUCCUCUCCACCUCCAGCUCUGCUCAGGCGAAGAGACUCUCCCUCAUCCCCAAGAUUGAGUCGAAUCCCAGUCCGGGACCCUAGCAUCCUGGACUCUCCAACUAAGGACCUCAACUUGGAGAGGCGUCACCGCUGGAGCAGUCCAGUUCCUGGCUCCCCCACCCACUCACCUUCUCCAUCUCUGUCCUGUGACAACCUGCCUUGCGCUUUGCCGAGGGACAGGCUCUCCUCAGAGCGAGGCUCCAGGUCCGACUGUGGAGGAGAAGACCCUCUCUCUCUGUCCUCCUCAUCAGGUAGCAAAAGUAAGAUCCCGCGUCCAGUGAGCGCCAACUUUCUACCCGAGCAAUUCACAAGCAAGUUUCUGCCUCGACCACCUCCAGGGAAACCUCCUAUCCGCCCGGGUGUGGACAACAGGCGGCGGAGGCUAAGAGUGCGAGCCAGCAGCACUAGUGACGCAGACUUCCUGGCCAGUCUGACUCAGCUGAUGCAGGACCGCAGCGGGAUGCUCUUCAGCCCUCCUCCUCGGCCUCGUAGCUCGUCGUCCUCCCUUCAGCGCUCGCUAAGCUCCUCCCCCUCCCGCCAGGAGCUCCGCGAGGGCAGUGCACUGCAGGGACGCAGCCGCUCUCCAUCUAGCUUCUCCGGCUCCCCUACCACUAGGCACGCUCAAUCACAGGACAGGCCCGGUGGGCAGGGUCUGUGGGGCCACGGCUCCAGGGGAAGAGGUCUAAUCCAAGAGGGGAAAGGCUUCAGCAAAGUGAAUCGAUGACUGUAUUUGACACAAGUGACUGAUAUGGAUGGUGCAACUGUAGCGAGAGGCUGUCUCACAUCGAGUCCAUGAUAGCAUGUGUAAAUACGGUAUUUACUCAAGGGAAUGUACUGUAUGUAAUGUAAAAUGUAUGAUAAAUUGUAUUUAUUUAUUUA